UCGAUACUUUUUUUUUCUCCACGGUUGCGCACCUUUUCCAAUUUACAGCGCACGCGUGGAUUUCAGUGGUUUUUGUCGGAAGAUUUUUCCUGAUUUUCCCCUUUGAAUUUUGGGGAAGUCUGCAGAAAUUUAAAAGUAUAUACUCGUCGGGUGGAGAAACCUACAAUAAAAUUAUCUCCGGGAUAUUGACAGCAGGUGAUUGGAUAUUAGUCUUGGAUGUGACUCAUUUUCAGCUGCCGAAGGUUCAUUAAUUUUUGACGUCACGAGAAAAUUUUCAAUAUGUCAAAAUCAUCGAGAGGUUGAACAAUCGAUUUUGAUGACUGCUGCUGCAGUUUUGGAAUGCCAAGUGAAACAAAACGAGUAUCUUUAUUACUCUUCAAGUGGCACAGCAACGAAUGCUCCUUCAAAACGGAAAAGGCUCUAGGAGCCUUUGUACGGUGACAUUGAGUAAUAACAAUGUCCAAUGUACAAUUAAGCAGUACAGCACUGCAGCACAUUGCAAGUGCAAGAGGCCAAAACCAGGUUAGCGCCUUCUAUACACCGCUCACUUCGUUUGCUGAGAUGUGGUAUCAAAUAUUCUUGUGGGCGUUAUUCUCAUCGAUAUUUGUACACACAAUUGCAGCAGCAAUUUGUUUUGCAACAUUGAGAAAACAUAAAUAUGGAAAAUUCUUUCCAUUAUUGAUUCUAAUAAUGGGAUUUCUACUGCCACUCACGUCUGGCGUUCUAAACUCAGCAACAGUCGCAUUUGUCUAUCGUGCAUCGAGCUAUCAAAUGCCACCGCUGUAUGCACUUUUCUGGGGAAUUGGACAAACGGUUUUGGCCGGCUGCAUCGGUUUCACGAGAAUCCUGGCAACUCUGUAGAUCCUCCAGUGCAUUGAAAAAAAUCGAAACAAGAGUGCAGCAUUAAUGAUUAAUUACAGCAACUGUAAAUCUUGAAAAUGGUCGAUCAUCUCCAGCUGAUUUGUCAGUCGACAUUCCUUCAACCUAGUUCAUCAAUUUAUGACUGCAUCCAGUGAUGAUGUGAAUCAGUUAAUUUUUAUAUUCAUUCCUCAUUUAUUAUCCCUAGCCUGCGUUUUGCUCAAUUUGAGGUUACGCCCAUUCGAUGUCACGCAUUUUCAUGUUGAGUGAUUUUUACCAUAUUCUAUUUUAUCAAAUCGUUCGAAUUCUUUAUUGAGUCUUCUUUCUCGUUAAAAAAUCGUAAUCCCCACUGGCUGCAGUACUUCAAAUUCAAUUUUAAAAUACGAACGAAAGAGUUUAACUUAACAAUUAUUUCAUUGAUCGGAAGGAGAAAAAAAAUAAUUCAUCAUUCGAUGCUUUUCGGUCAUCUUAACUGCAUAAAAUUUCCGUCUAACUGUACAAACAAAAGAAAAAAAACAUAACGAUGUUUUUCCCUUAUAUGAAUCGUCAAUAUUCGUACAAAGUUUUUUCCAGACUAAAGUAGCAGAAUGCUUGUAAAUUCGUAGGAUCUCGCAUGAUCUGAAUAUAUGGAGGAUAAAGUGAAGAGCCACGGAUGAAAAUAUUUUAUAUAAACUCCAACCAAUUCAUUACAAAAUUCCCUUUCAUUUCUAUUACACUUUCUUCUUCUUUUUUCGACUGAUUCUACUGAAAUAUCCAGUAAUAAAAAUGCAAUAGAAAUCCAAUAGACUUUUCUAUCGAGUUCGUUGGGUUUUUUUAUGAAAUUUUUCAUCCGUGAUAUCAGAAUAUUGAGUCCGAACAAUUGUACCAUCCUUCUUACCUCGUAAUUGUGUCCACAACAUGAAAUAUGUAAACGUAAUGUAUAUAAAGUCGAUAUUCGUUGGAUUAAUGUGGUGAAACCGAUGUAUAAAAUCACCAAUGACUUCAUUAGAUGCAUAUGUAUAUGUAUAUACCACGAUAGCCAGUUUUUAAAUAUGAGAAAUAAAUGAGAUGGUUAUU